AUGACGACCGAUCGGAUCAGCGCGCCGGCAUGGCUGGCGGAGUUCACGGCGAAUGCAGCCGAGACGUUUGUCACGGCGUACUAUGGAGCGUCGGAUGCCCCGCAACGUAUCAAGCUCGUACCGUCUCUGUACUUGCCGAACUCGUCCAUCUCGUGGAAUGGUAAUCCCAUUAGUGGAUCCACACAAUAUGCACAAUGGCUCGAUGCGCAGCCAGGAUCACAACACGAGAUCCAAUCGUUUGAUUGCCAUGCUCUUGGCCCCUUCGAUGCUUAUGACCAAAAUGAGGCGCCGUCGCUGUUGCUCACCGUGUCAGGCACCGUGGCGCACUAUACGCCCGAGAGCCUAGCGACCCCCACCAGCAAUGCUCCCAAGUCGGCCACAUCGACCGGCACAUCAUCGAGACGCAAGUUUGACGCUGAUGCGCCGAUCGAAACAUAUCCACGUGUGUUUUCCCAGUCAUUCGUUCUCAUUAAUGGGGCAGGCACUAACGCCGAAGGCGGCGUGCCAUUUGUAUGGAUGCCUCAAAAUAAGGGCCCCAAAAAGAGCGAAACUCGCACUGUGGCCAAAUACUUCAUUCAGGCGGACUGCUUCCGCUUCGUAGGAUGA